AGAGUUUGAAGAGAGAGAUAUGGGAAGAGGUAGGGUUCAGCUGAAGAGGAUAGAGAACAAGAUCAAUAGGCAAGUUACUUUCUCAAAGAGAAGGUCUGGUUUGCUCAAGAAAGCUCAUGAGAUCUCUGUUCUCUGCGAUGCUGAGGUUGCUCUCAUCGUCUUCUCUUCCAAAGGCAAACUCUUCGAAUAUUCCACCGACUCUUGCAUGGAGAGGAUACUUGAACGCUAUGAUCGCUAUUUAUAUUCAGACAAACAACUUGUUGGCCGAGAGGUUUCACAAAGUGAAAAUUGGGUUCUAGAACAUGCUAAGCUUAAGGCAAGAGUUGAAGUACUUGAGAAGAACAAAAGGAAUUUUAUGGGGGAAGAUCUUGAUUCGUUGAGCUUGAAGGAGCUUCAAAGCUUGGAGCAUCAGCUCGAUGCAGCUAUCAAGAGCAUUAGGUCAAGAAAGAACCAAGCUAUGUUCGAAUCCAUAUCUGCGCUCCAGAAGAAGGAUAAGGCCUUGCAAGAUCACAAUAAUUCGCUUCUCAAAAAGAUUAAGGAGAGGGAGAAGAAAACGGGUCAACAAGAAGGACAACUAGUCCAAUGCUCCAACUCUUCUUCAGUUCUUCUGCCCCAAUACUGCGUAACCUCCUCCAGAGAUGGCUUUGUGGAGAGAGUUGGGGGAGAGAACGGCGGUGCAUCGUCGUUGACGGAACCAAACUCUCUUCUUCCGGCUUGGAUGCUACGUCCUACCACUACGAAUGAAAACGGCUCUGUUCCUGUUGGAGAAUCUCUCACUGCUUCAGAGUCCCAACAAAUCUCCAGUUCAUGGCGUUCACCUUCAGGUGACUUUGCUUUCGGGUUCCGCAAGAUCCAACCAAACGAUGGUUUCACUCUCUCCAUUUGGUUCGACAAGAUUUCUGACAAGAAUAUCGUGUGGCACGCACAAGCCGUCAACACAACCACCGGUCUUAUCCCUGAUGGUUCGAAAGUUACAUUAACCGCAGAUGGCGGUCUGGUUAUCAUUGACCCUCGAGGUCAGGAGCUGUGGAGAUCGUUGAGUGGUGGCUCUGUUUCUCGAGGGCGCAUAACUGACGAGGGGAACUUCGUUCUGUUCAGGGAUGGGUCAGAAGAUUCUGACGUGGUUUUGUGGUCGACGUUUGAAAAUCCCACCGACACUUUGUUACCUAAUCAGAAUAUAGAAGUUGGAAGUAAUCUGUCAUCUCGUAGGACAGAGACAAGCUUCAAGAAAGGAAGGUUCAGCUUACGUUUAGGUGAUGAUGGAAAUCUUCAGCUUCUCACUCUCAACGCCGAGACUGUCUCAGAAUCAGACAUAUACUCUCGUUACUACGAAAGUAACACGAACGAUCCAAACAACCCCGGGAUUCGAUUAAUUUUUAACCAGUCAGGGUACAUGUAUGUUCUUCAAAGGAACAAUUCAAGAUUCGUUGUCAAAGAGAGAGAUCCGGACGUUUCUAGCGACUUCUAUCGUCGUGCCGUGCUACAUUUCGAUGGUGUUUUCGCUGAGUACUAUCAUCCCAAAGGGGGGGAGGAGAAUAGUGGGUGGGUAUUUGCUUGGGCUGUGCCGGAUAAUAUAUGUGGGCCCGAUGAUGCACUUGGGAAUACGGCGUGUGGGUAUAAUAAUAUAUGUAGUUUAGGAAACAACCAGAGGCCAAAAUGUGAAUGUCCUGAGAGGUUUGUGUUGAAGGAUCCGAGCAAUGAGUAUGGUGAUUGCUUGCCAGAUUUUGAGAUGCAGACUUGUAGACCAGAGAAUAACCAAACCGCAAACUCAGAUGUGAAUCUUUAUGAGUUCAUUACUUUAGAGAAGACGAAUUGGCCGUUUGGGGAUUAUGAGAGUUACGCCAACUAUGAUGAAGAAAGAUGUAAAGCUGCUUGUCUUAACGACUGUUUAUGUGCUGCGGUUGUUUUUGGAACAAAUCGUGAUCUAAAAUGUUGGAAGAAGAAGUUUCCGUUGUCUCACGGUGAAAGAGCUCCGCGUGGUGAUAGCGAUACAUUCAUUAAGGUUCGAAACCGCGCCAUCGCAGAUAGUCCAAUUACCGGAAAGAGAACGAAAAAACUUGAUCGGUUGAUCAUUGCGUGUUCUGUUCUACUUGGAACUUCAGCUUUUGCGAUUUUCAUACUUCUUUCUUUGUACAGAAAGAAUAAGGCGAGUAAGGAGAUGAAGAAAAAUCAAGCGAGAGAUAUCGGUGCGGCUAUAGCUACAACUACUGCAAAUGAGUUGAAUAUGAGAGUCUUUACAUAUGGAGAGCUUGCGGCGGCUACAAGAGAUUUCACGGAAGAGCUUGGAAGAGGAGCCUUUGGUAUAGUUUACAAAGGAUUUUUAAAAGUGUCCGGUGAUUCUGAAAUAACUGUGGCUGUGAAAAAACUAGAUCGUCUUGAUCAAGAUAACGAAAAAGAGUUCAAGAAUGAGGUUAAAGUGAUAGGUCGGAUUCACCACAAGAACCUAGUGAGGCUCAUUGGCUUCUGCAACGAAGGACGGAGCCAGAUGAUCGUCUACGAGUUUUUACCACAAGGGACGCUAGCCAACUUUCUCUUCAGGCGCCCGAGACCGAGCUGGGAAGAUAGAAGGAAUAUUGCGAUGGGCAUUGCUCGUGGAAUCUUGUAUCUACACGAAGAGUGUAGCGAGCAGAUCAUACACUGCGACUUAAAACCGCAGAACAUACUUCUAGAUGAGUAUUACAGUCCUCGGAUCUCAGAUUUUGGUCUAGCUAAGCUUUUGAUGAUGAACCAAACGUAUACGCUCACGAACAUCCGUGGAACAAGAGGGUAUGUGGCACCGGAAUGGUUCAGGAACAGUCCCAUUACAUCCAAAGUAGAUGUAUAUAGCUAUGGAGUAAUGCUUUUAGAAAUCGUGUGCUGCAAGAAAGCCGUCGAUCUUGAGGAUAACGUGAUUCUCAUCGAUUGGGCUUACGAUUGCUUUCGACAUGGAAGGCUGGAAGAUCUGACCGAGGAUGAUUCAGAGGCAAUGGAUGACAUGGAGACGGUGGAGAGAUAUGUGAAAAUAGCGAUAUGGUGUAUACAAGGAGAGCUUAGGAUGAGACCUAACAUGAGAAAUGUUACACAGAUGCUUGAAGGUGUGACUCAAGUUCAUGAUCCUCCAAAUCCGUCUCCUUAUAUCACUUUCACUUGUACUGAUGAUUCUAUGUCUAGUGGUUCAGUGUCACUUGUUUGAUAAGUUAAUAGUUUUUUAUGGAAUAAAUUUCAACAAGUUGA